AUGAAAUUGGAAUCGGACUUCGAUCCGAUUCCCGGUUUGCCCUUGCUAACCGACCUGUUCUGCAAUGUGACGAAGGUCAAAAGAAAGAAGGUGAUCGAUUGCAAAUUUCCGGACAUUCUCUACACCAAGAAAAUGAUCUAUGGUGGACUGCCGGCGAUCGGAAUCGGCCUAUCCGAAAUCAUGAUAAUUCUUGCUCUCAUUUUCAUCUCCAUCAAAAUGAAGAACGACAUUUCGAAACAAUUUCUGACGGCGUUGGUGAUUCCACUAGGCUUCUCGGCAUUGUUCAAAGUGCUCAUGGGAAUCUAUGGAACAUUGCUCGGACCAUAUGGAUACUUGUUCGUCACUAUUCAACAUUUGUAUGGGUUCACCUACACGUCAGGUGUUCUCACGGCGGCAAUGGGAUCGGUGUUCUUCCUGGCUGGACUGAUUUGCGUUGCUCGAUCGAGAUCGACGUUCGACAAUGGACAAGCAUGGAUCUCAUUCAACUCGAUUUUGUUCGCUUCUUGCCUAAUCUCUGGCUCCUACCACUUCAUCUCCCAAAAAUGGAAUCAACUCCCGGCGGCGGCAAUCUUCUUCUAUCUGGUGAUCGCAACGAUUGCUAUUGUAGUGCUCUUGAUUACGACGUUGAUCAUUCUAUUGGCUUGCAAGAAACCUUAUACCCAGUCGGCCAACGACGCGCCGAAUGUGGCCAAUGCUCGCGAUCAUCUUGGAUGGGGAGCACUGUUCGUAUUGAUUUUGAAUAUUCCCGCAUGGUUCGAGAUUUUCUACAAGUCUGUUGAGAUGUUCACCCCAUUCCUCUGGGGAGGUCCGGCUCACAAGAAGAAAUUCUAUAGAGCUCAACGCAUUGAGCUUCUCACCUACGAUAUUGUCCAAAUCGCUUUCACUCAGGUCAUGUUGAUCGCCUUCUUCCUCAACGCGUCGUCUCGUGUGGCUCUGAUCGCAUGGAAGAACCAUCAGUUCAUGAAGAAGGACAACAAGAAGGUGUUCAUCGCUUCGCAAAAAGCGCCGCUUCUAAUGAAUAAUGGCGAGAAAAAUGAGAAGGAACCGCUCGACGACAUUCCGUCGUCGAACGCGAUUGCACCAUCUCCAUCAGCACCGGCGACGUCGAUUCAAAUGCCGCCGAAUCUUGGAAUGCAAAUCAAUCAGCCGCCGCCGCCGCCGCAAUAUGCCGGUAUCAAUUUUGCGCCGGGAAUGGUGCAAUUCCCGCAGAACAUGCAGACGACCAUUGUGUACACCCCGCCGAAUAUGGCCACCAACGGGGUGAUUGUCGAGGAACUGAAAUAA